AUGAUGAGUGUUGUGGCGCUGCCUCUCCUGCUCCUGCUGCUCCUCUCCCAGUACAGCAGAAGCGUGGACCUCGAGUUCUACCUGGAUACUGUACUUUUAGACUUUAUCACCGUUACUAAAACUGACCCUUUUGCAGGUGGAAGUGAUCAAGUCGUGGGGCUAUCCGGUGGAAGUGCACACGGCCACCACUUCCGACGGCUUCCUGCUCGACCUGCACCGAAUCCCGCACGGAAAGGGUGUCGCCCGUGCGGACAACUCUUCGCGGCCCGUCGUUUUCCUUCAGCACGGAUUCCUCUGCUCUAGUUUCGACUGGGUCGCCAAUUUGCCGCAUCAGAGUGCCGGAUUCGUGUUCGCUGAUGCCGGUUUCGACGUGUGGAUGGGCAAUUUCCGCGGCAACACCUACAGCCGAAAACACGUCUCGUUGAAUCCGAAUGACGAUCAGGAAUUCUGGGAUUGGAGGUGAGGGAAGUUGGUGACCACUUCAUGAAUCAGUGGGUGUUAAGCUGGGACCAAAUCGCCGAGUUCGAUCUUCCCGCAAUGAUAAAGAAAACUCUGGAAGUGAGCGGACAACCGUCGGUUUACUAUGUGGGACACUCGCUCGGAACACUCACAAUGUUCUCAAAACUCUCCUCGGAUCCGUCAUUCUCUCGUUACGUAAGCCUUUCUUUUUCAAUUCUUUUUUCAACCCUUUUCUCAAUUAAGUACUUGCUCAGAUUAAAAGGUACUUUGCACUGGCUCCAGUCGCCACCGUCCAGCACAUCCGCGGUGUGUUCUCAUUCCUGGGGCGGCUUUUCGGAAGCGACUUCCAAGAGUAUGUGACCAAGUACGGAGCGGAUGAGCUCUUCGGCAGUACGUGGCUUUCCGGAAGAUUGUGAAGUACACGUGCGGGCUGUUUGAGACCCUCGAGGAGCUGUGCUCGGACAUCAUAAUUCUGUUCGUGGGCACUACGACGGAGCACUGGAAUCAGACACGAGUGCCCAUCUAUCUGGCACACACCCCCGCCGGCUCUUCCAGUAAUCUCUUGGCUCACUUCGAUCAAAUGUUCUCGUAUGGGGGAAUGCCCGCGUUCGAUAUGGGCGAGGAGAGGAAUGUGAAGAAGUACGGACAAAAACUGCCGCCGCAGUACAAUCUGACGAGUAUCAGAGACGUUCCGAUCUAUCUUUUCUGGAGUGAAGACGAUUGGAUUUCGACGAAACAAGACCUGAAAGAGACGCUGUUCGCGCAAUUGGAUCCGCAAAUUGUUCAGGUGGCAACUAGAAUCGAAUUCAACAAGUCAUAUCCAUCACAUUUACAGGCCAGCUACAGAAUACCAAAUUAUAAUCAUCUUCACUUCAUUUGGGGAACGAACGCAGCCGAGAAGAUCUACAAUCGGGUAGUUGGCAUUAUCACGCGUAAUGAUAAUAUUGAGUGUUAGAAUGUGAAUAAAGUUUUUCAAAAGAAGCUCAAAAGAGAUUCGAUCAGGAUGAGAUUCGAACUCACGCGGGGAAACCCCAAUGGAUUAGCAGUCCAUCGCCUUAACCACUCGGCCACCUGAUCAUGAAUUUGAAAACGUCGAAAUUGUGUAAACAUGCAUGCAUGCAUGCAUCUCUCUCUCUCUCUCUCUUUCUCUCUCUCUCUCUCAUGGAGCGCCGAGACGCCGUUUUGAUAUGUUUUUGGGGCAGCUUUCGCAGAUUGAACCACAUCAUCAUAAACGUUCGAAUAGUCUGCUGACAUAUACUUAGAUAUGUAUGUGAACACUAUAAAAAAACAACGAGGGAUCAUCGACGAAACGUGUGUCUGGGCGGUGGCCCCUCCCGAAGACGGUCUGAAACUCUCCAUGCAUUCGUGAGAGGAGCACACCAAAAAGCACUGCUGGCUGGGCAGAUAAACCACAAAAAGUCUUCUUCCUUCGCUCUUCUUUUUCCUUCGUUUCUCCUUUUCAAGCUUGUCGAAAUGGCUCGUAAGGCCGGCGGAUUAGCCGCCAUAAUGUCAGGACAGUCGGUGGUGGUCGUUAAAAAGAGAAGCGUCUUCUGGAGACUCCGCCACGUGAGUGCUCCAUUCAGACGAAGCACUUCUCCCGAUGAGAUCUGCGUUGCAGUUGACACGCCAAGGUGGACUUCAUGUCGGACUCAUCCUCGUUUGUAUAUUGUACGUCUACGCGGGCGCACUCUUCUUCAUGCACUAUGAAAGUCCGGAAGAGGUGAGAAUGUUCGCGCUGAAAUUGAAAUUUCUGCCGAAUUGUAGGACAGAAUACAUAGAAAAGUGUCGAAGAAGUUCGGCACUUUGAAGGAGAACUUUCUGAGAGAAGCGGGAAGAGUGAGAAAGGAAGACGUGCCGAACACCCGAGUCAACGAAUCCGUGUCGCGUCUCAUCGACGACUACUCGAAACACAUGCUGAAACUGUUCACGAAUCCAGUGGCCGCCAACAUGUUCGACUGUCUCUUCUACUAUAACUCGAACUACACGCCCCUCUGGACGACCGACUCCUCGCUCCUCUUCACUGCAACCACCAUCAUUCCUGUCGGUACGUCUUCUGACCCAUUGCCCCUUGUUGAUUCUUCUGCAGGGUACGGAUACAUCGCUCCGCUCACUUCGACCGGCCGCCUGGUCCUCUGUGUUUACGCUGGAUUCGGAAUCCCUCUCGCACUCGUCAUGAUGUCCGACGUCGGAAAGUUCUUCGCCGAUGUUUUCGUAAAGUUUUUCAACGAGGUUCACAAAGAUCACUGUUGAAGAUCGCAUUCGAACGUUCCAGAAUAUCACAGCCUUCAUGGUGGUCCUCGUUUUUCUUCUCGUCGCUUAUUCCAUUCUCGGCGGAAUUGCCAUUUCGAAAGCAGUCGGCUAUCCGAUGAUCGAUGGCAUUUAUUUCAGUACAAUCACGAUAUUCACAAUCGGGUAUGGAGAUAUCAGCCCGGCAAUUCCCGUCUACAUUGUCAUCGCCUUCAUUGUUUUCGGAGUUGCAUUGGUCACAGUCGCAAGUGAGUUUGCAGUUUUUAGGCUGCCUGAACUCUAUUCUGAUUUCGGAUUGCAGUUGACGUCGUGGCCGCCAACAUAA